GCUUGAUUGGAGGUAAUCUCGAUUGAUCCUCGUUAAUCCUCGAAGAUGACUUUAUGGGAUCGAAUAUUGUCAGGUUUCAAUCUCGACGAUGAAACUGUCAAUUUCGGCACGCGAAUAAUCGCAGAAAAUAAUGGUUCGUUGUAUGAAGCAUGCACCGUGGCGACGAUUCAGUCCCGUGAACAGGUGGAACAAAUACCAAAAGUUUUGACAUCUAUUCAGCAUUCUAAACUCUUUGUUGCAAUUGACAAGUCCAUUACAAUCUUUCAAGAUGAAACAUGUGACAAAGUACUUCUUAAUGCCAGCUUUCCUCACUUGAUUACCUGUUACUGCAUUUCCAAAAAUGGUUCCUUCUUAUUUGUGAUGCUUGAAAACAGGACCUUGUGCUGCUUCCAUAUAUUUCAGGAAAAAUUAAUGACUAUGAUACAUAUACCUAAUAACCAGGCUAAUGUUCCUGAUAAUAUAAUAGAUAUAUUUUACAAAAGUCAAGGAAAAGAAGAAUUUUUAAUUCUUGUUUCAAAUACUGGAGCUAUUUACAGCUGCAGUUUUAACUAUCAUCAUAUAGAUGUGGAGGUUGCAUCUUCUAACAGUGAUGAAGCUGCAGAAUGUAAAGCAAAUAUACAAUGCCAUCAGUCAUUUGAAGGAUUUAAAUGUCUGGAGUUCCAUAAUGCAAUAAUAGAUACAUCGUCAGAAGAAUCAUUAAUAACCAUGGUUGGGACAAAUUCAAUAUUUACUUGGCCUGGUCAGCAACAGAACUUUACCGAUGUAUUUCCAUUUGGAUAUAAAAAGAUAAAACAAUUGAAAAGUAACAAUAAAGUGCUUUGUCUGCGUACAGAUCAUGCAUUGAGCAUUAUAUGUCUGGAUACAUUACUUGGGUUGAAAAUAUAUGAUGGUCCAGUGCUUGACUUUACAAUAAUACAGCAUGAUAAUGUUGAUCAUUGUGAAAUCUUAUUUUUAACACAAUCUAGAAACGUUGACAGCACAUAUAAAUUAUGUCUUGUCUCUUAUCCAGAUUUCGAGCAAAAGUUAGAAAUCAACGUUCCCAUUACUGCCUAUUUGUUUGAAAACUUGCACAAUUCCAGUAACAUAUGUUACAUGGAAGGUGUCACAGCCGAAAAUGGAGUUAUCGAUACAUUCAGAUUAAAAAUGAUAUCGGAAAGCAUUCCCGAGAUGCGUUUAGCGAGAUUACUAAGGAAAAGACAAUUUGAUAUAGCUGAGAGUUUCGCCGAAAAAUUUGCCCUUUCCAUGGAACCUAUUCACUGUUCUAAAGCGGCAUUAAUUAUGGAACAACUUGCACCUUGGACAAAAUCUACUCUCGAUUCAGCUAACAUAGAAACGCUGAUAAAUGUUCUUGAUAAAGUGCAAAAUACGCAAUACAUAACCGAAUGUUGCAGUAAAGCUCUUAUCUCCGAUUAUGUGCAGUUGAAACAAUUAUAUUUAUAUGCUCGUCAAAGAAUAAUGCAAGAUAUAAAGAAAGGGAAUGCGGAUAAUCAGCUGAAUACUAGUUUACUUAUGAUAAACAAUACGUUACACAGACUCGAAACUUUUCAAAUGAUCCAGAACAACGAGGCGAAUGAUACGUCGUUGAACGUUGACACGAUUAUGAAUAAGUGGAUAAAAUUCUCGCAAGUGAAUUUGUUAGACGAAUUUAAUGUUCACUUACGCAUGGGUCAAUUAAAAUCUGCCACUUUAAUCUGGACAAGGCAUUUUCCUAACAUAAUAAAGCAUGCUUCUGUGGAAACUGUGCGGAACAUUUUUUCAACUUUACCCGAAGACAUGACCCCGUCAUGUUUAUGGUCAUGGCUCACGCAUUUCAUACCCACUGUAUUAUCUCUGUUACCUGACGCAAUGGACGAAAUUAUAUCUUGGGGUUUGAAGAAACUGAAAUACCUCGAAAUAUCUCAUUGUAAAUUGUGGCCGGAAAUUGGCACGGACUUCGCCGACAAAUUUAUAAAGUUGCUCAAAUUUGAAGACAAUCAACAGUCUGUUUACUUCCAUCACGAGUACAAAUAUCAAAAUUCGCUGCUGAAGCAAUUCAUGCUUUUGUUCCAAGCUCUAUUCGAUAUUCAACAAUUGAAAGUUUCUUACAGGUUGAGAGUGCCUCUUAAUAUAUAUGUUGAUUCGCCCAUAGAAGCAAUUUAUAUGUUGCUGGACAAAGUUCAUUUGAAUGAAAUCUCCGAUUUUAUGAAUAUAUUUUUGAGACAAUACAUGCUCAAUAAUAAUUUACAAAAUGAUUCUGUCCUCUGCGCUUACAUACAGAAAACAGUAAAGUAUUCUAGUAACUGGUGGUUUGGUGAAGAAGCUAUAUGGGAGAAAAGAGUUGCUACUAUAAUAGACUUUAUAUAUAAUUUAGAAAAUCGAUUGAAGCAAACUUUGGAGGUUUUGAGGAGGGCGUCAGUGCCAUGGACCUCAACUAUAAGUACACUGGCAGAAACUAGCAGCACCUUUGAUCACAAUUUAUCCUCCAAGAUUAAAAUCGAACGUGACUAUGUUCCGAUCAAACUCAUCCUAAAAAAAUACGGAUAUGCGACAAUUGGUGUAAAUAAUAGAUUAAUAUCAUAUAUUAUAAAACAAGAUCGCGAUUCUGUAAUCAGUGACAUAGAUGUGCUAGUUAAAAACGACCAGCAAUUGAGGCAAAAUACCUUUUGUCGGUGUAUAAGCGCCCGGUUAAACGAAGGAAAUUUGCAGAAAGUAAUGGAUAUAAUACAACAUUUGGAGGAUAAUACUGCUGAUGUUUUAUACUGUUACGAAGGGAUUGUCAAUUAUAUUAUCACAGCCUUCUCUUUUCAGGACGUGGCACUGAAUACCUUAGGCUAUCAUAUAGAAAUUCUGGGUUGCCUAGAGUUUAAAAUUUAUAACUUGUUGACCCAAUCGAAAGUUGAUUCUUUCCUUGGCAAUGAUAUCAUCAAUACAAUAAAAGACUUGAAAUCGUUGUAUCUACUGAGAAAGAAUUACAACCUUGGAAUUUCAUGGAAAAGUUAUCGUACGCAAAAAUCACAUGUGCUGCAGAAGUACAUCGCAAAACUACUAUCGAGUGCCGAAAAAAGUGAUUUGUCAGUGAUACACAAAACGAUGAUGAAAGUUGCCACACUGUUAGGAUUAGAAAAAUCACACGCAACCUUGUCCUUGCUGAAACAGGCGAAAUAUGCGGAUUCACUGCAGCAGUUCAUUGACGACGACGAUGAAAAUCCAAGUGUGACGUCGGACGAAUUUGAAAAUAUGCAAGAGAUAUGCUUGCGCGCGCUGAAACAUGCUGCUGUAAACGCAGACACUGUCGAAGUAAUCAAGAAUUUGAGCGUUUCGAUGAUGAACACUUGUCGAGAUAGCGAUUUACUGGCUGCGCUAUCACUUUACACUUGUGUCAACGUGUGCCCAAAUCUUUCUACCCGGCGUUAUUCCGACGAGAAAGGUGAAAUCGCACCGCAGUUUAGUUGGCAGUUAUAUACAAUAUACAAAGAUCAAGCGAUAAUUUUGGACGAAAGAUUGUUAUCUCUAUUUAAGGAUACAAUAUCUCUUCAGUUAUACUAUUCGAAUCGAGUCGACGAUAACGAAAUUGCAAAUUGCAAUGAACAAGUGGACAAAUUGCUGGGCAACUUCUUGUUGAGAACGAAAGAGAUGCAACAUCAACAUAACGAUUACUCCUUGUUGCAAAUUUUCAAGACAUUUUACUUCGCGUAUUGUAGCACUUCUGUGAAAAAGGAAAAUGCAUUGGCAGAGCUGAAGUCCACACUGUCACAUCUUGUGUUAAACUUGUUGAGGAUGCUGUGCACUGGACGAUUUUUUGAUCUACACCUGGGACUAGCUUGUCUCUUCAUCCUACCUGAUAAAGAGGCGUGCAAUUGGAUCUCCACAGCUUGCGCAUCAUUUGAAGCCGAUCGCAUCAGACACUCCAAAAUCUUGACUCUGGGAUAUGAAUACUCACGCAUGGGGAGAAAUCGCUCGUUGAUACAAAAGUUUGAUAAUUACAAGCUGUUGCAUGUCUGGGUGCAACGACUGUCGCAUUAUUCAGUAACUUAUAGAGAAAUUUUCGCGAGUGACACUUCGAGUAAAAGGGAAAUCUUACAGCAGAUUAUAAGCAGCAGUAAGAAGAACACGAUUCCCAUACUAAAAGACUACUGCUGCACUUUUGGCUUCAAUGUCAACGAUUGUCUAUUGCUUUACUUGCAAAAAUUAUUGAAAACGUGGAAUCCAACGAUAACGAUCUCAAGUGUAAAGAAAGAAUUACUCAUCUCUAACGAAGAAGUGGAUGCUUUAAGAAGAGAAUGUGAGACGGUUGUUGUGGAAAUUGAGGACAAAUAUAUGUUGAAGCAAUGGGUCUCUAUGUCGUGGGAACGCAUCAACUUUUAUCACUACGAAGUGUUCAUCAUUCUGAUGGAUCUCAUAGGAGACAGAGACAUGAAGAAGAGGAAUUAUCUCUGUUUUUUGCAGAAUUAUACACGUAGCGGGUCCCCUACGCCCAUGGAACACAACGAAUGGAUACAAUUUAACCCGGAGCACAGCACAUUGCCGUCUAUCGCUCAAUGGAGGCUACCAUUCCUGCUGAAGGUUGACUUUUGGAAGCUUAUCACGCCCGAAUUAAAUUUACGGACAUACAACAAGUGGUUGGACAUCGCACCGGUCCUCAAUCUCGAGACGCAUCUUAUCUGCACGCUGGCCAUCAAAGGCGAGGUGACGCGCGUCUGGAGAAAUAAUUUGAUCGAGUCGACGAACGACGAAGCAUGGUCGCUCAAUCCGAAGAACGUCACGUUGCUGGAGGGUAUCAAGACAUGCAUACAACGAAUCACUGACUCGGACGGGUACUAUUACGGCACCGCGGCGUUGUACUAUGUCGUCAACCACACGCCACCGGGUGCGGAUCGCGUCGCCGCCGCGAAGGAGUGUUACAAGCACGCUCAGUUGGCGGCGCAAAAUUCCACCAAGUUCGAAGAAGGAAUGUUGGAAAAAAUCGAAUCCAAGUAUCUGAGGUUCUCAUCCGAGCAUAUUCUGCGUACGCACGGUCUGGAGAAGGACAAGUACUUCGCGUUGAUUGAGAACCCGAGCAAGCUGGUGCGCGAAUUGUACUGGGACGAGAACAUACCGUCACGAUAUCGCACUGCGACCAACCACAGGCCCGACAUCAACGCUGCCGUCGAUGAGCUCUGCAAGCUCUUCUGCUUGAACACGAUCAAGCUACGCUUGGAACUGUUGCAAGAAUGGCUGCGAUCGAACUCUCGAUACACCGCGCUCGAAUUAUCGCAGAGCUUCACGGAAACGUUACCGACCUUGAGACCCGAGCAGAACACAGAAUGCGAGGACAAUUUGCUCAGGGCAUCCUACAUGCUCGAGUACGAGGACAUGCUGUUCACACAAUUUCUGAUUAAUAUAGGCUUCAAUAAUCACCAUGACGAGGCUGAGUACGAUUGUGACAUGCGGUACCGAGCGCUUCGGGUACUACAGACAAUCGUUGAUACCGCUACCCUAGAAAAGCUGAUUGAACGGGAUAUAAGUAGCUUCAGAAAAUAUAUGAAGUCGUUGCAGUACAUCAGCAAAUUGGAGUCGCUGGGAUUGCAUUACAAUAUCGAUAGGUUUCAAAUGUGCUCGAAACGAGAGCUGGUUCAGAUAUUGUGGAAAAGUCAGCGCCACUUGCCGUUCGCUCUCUCUGUUAUAACGCAAAUCUGCAUCGAAUUUGAAAUAUACGACAUCUUGCUUUGGGAUGGUGUUCUAAGUCAGAUGACGAAGUUAAGAAUGACAAGCGAGUUGAAGAGAAUCCUAUUGCAAGGACAAAGUCAGAGCGUCAUGAUGAAUUGUAACGGCUACAGAAUGGGAUGGCAAUUGAUCAUCUCCGAGCCGUUCAGCGAAAUGGAAGUGAUCCCGAGUACGGAGCAAACCGAGAAUUGCAUGAGGGCAAUUCGCCUAUUGUACUCGUGUCCUAUAGCGCACGAAUUGGAUUUCUCCACUAUCGUGAGGAACUGCAUCCAAUGCAAAGUGGUGUCUGUAGCCAAACUCCUUCUGCCGUUUUUAAAUGAGUCUGAUAGAAAAUGUGUAUUAGAGAAUUUCAUUGAUAUUGAAAAAUCUGUACCAUGAAAUUCAAAGGAUACAGAAGAUUAUGGGAAGCAUAUUCUUGUAUUAAAAGAGUAAAAAUUCUAUUUAACAAAUUUUUAACUACUUUUUAAAAGCA